AUGCUUGAAUCUCUGGAUGAACGAUUGAAGGAUCACCCGAUAGACGCGUCGCGCAUGUUAAAUCUCGCAGCGGACGCGUCUCAUGGGCACGAUGUAACUCAAAAGUACCUCCAAGCACAAGCAGAGAUUGAGAAACUCAAGGCUAUGAUGCAAGAGCUCCAAGACGGUCAAGUCGAAGAUUUCAUCUCCACAUUACGUGAUCAUACGAAAGAAAACGACGAGGAAAAGAAGGGCCUGCAAAAGGAGCUGAGCAAGGUCAAGAAGGAGAAAGGCGACAUGAGGCGACGCGUUGUGGCGUUAGAGAGGCAGCUUGAGGAGGUGCAGACGGAGAAGGUGCAAGUCUCCAGAGAACUUCUGGUGUGUGAUGAAGAGCGAAGGACGCUAUCAAAACAAGCUGAAAGCUUUGUGGCGCUUUCCUUGCAACUCGAGAAGGAUGUGGUCUGGAUUAGGUCUGAGGCGCUUGCAAGGAUGAAUCCUCCGCCUCCGAUCGAUCCCUCUUUCCGUCCCAUUGUCUAUCAGUUUAAGGAUGUCGCUGAGGUGGGCACGAAGAUACCAGAGGAGUUCAAGAAACAGAGGGCUUUCUUCGUGCCACUUCCUCCGCGGGCGCUUCCUCUGCAUAUGCCACUGGGCGCUUAUGGAGAACACGGUUACUGGUUUGCUCCGCCCAUCACGCCACCGCCAGAUGCUUGGUUCCAUCUGCUUGUAGAAGGUGCCCCUGAGCAGUGGACGUAUCUGGGACAAUACGUUAGCAAACCAUUCGUCGAUGGAGAGAUGUCGGUCGCCGAGUGGCUGUGUUUGGACUCUGUUACAAAAACUGCGUACUGCCAACGCCUCGCCGCUGAAAACAAGGCAAAGAAUCAGCUGAAGAAUGCGGAUGUACUAACUAUACGGCGAAAACAUGAUAUCGGCGAGAUGCUCGUCCCUUGUUUUUAUCUGCGUUGCAUAGGCUUCGAUAUGGCUCUCCAUGGCGUGCUGAAGGCGUGUUUGACCAGCACACCUAUGACACCCGAAGCUGCUAGUACCGGCUCUGAGCAAACAUACGCGCCGCGAUGGGCCCAUAUGAGCGUUGCCUCUGAUUCAGUGGCUGGUCGUUGACUAGAACAUACUGACAACGCGUACCACUAGAUGUGGCAAUUUAUCUAGAUUUUAGGAGAUGUUUCGUGAAAAUUUG